UAACUAGAGGCCUCAAAUUCGAGUCUCUUGAACACAAAAUCACCUUCGUUAAAAAGUGUUUUACUAUUCAAUGUGAACCCUAACGCAAUCCAAAUUUAGUCGGAUAGCUCUUAACCAGAUAUCUUGAAUUCAAGUCCCAUGAACACAAGAGCGCCUUUGUUAGAGCGUGUUUUACUAUCCAAUGUGAACCCUAGUACGAAUUCAAAUUUAAUCGAAUAGCUCUUUCACGAGUUUUCGAAUUUGAGUCCCUUUGAACACAACAUCACCUUUCUGAUAGAAAUGACACAUUCUCUUCCCAUAUUUUCCUUUUCAGACUACAAUACCAAAACAAACAAGUGAUGAGUACAGAAGAGACUCUUGUUGAAGCGGCGCUGCGAGUUCUCAACACUGCUGAACCUGUUGAGAAAGCUCGCAUUGGUGACGAAGUAGCAAACAAAUGGCUGCAAGGUCUCAUUUCUCAGCCUUAUAAUCCUGCUGAAGAACUCCCUGUUCCUGAUCGUCCAGCCCGUCUUACAAAUGUGAAGUUGGUGUCACCAAGUCUCAUGCCUAAGCUUGGAAAAGCAGGAAGCUUGCAGAGUAGACAGGCCAUUGUACAUAGUCUUGUACACACUGAAAGCUGGGCUAUUGAUUUGUCUUGGGAUAUAGUUGCUCGAUUCGGCAAGCAGCAGUCAAUGCCAAGAGAGUUUUUCACUGAUUUUGUAAAGGUUGCUCAAGAUGAGGGGAGGCAUUUUACUCUACUUGCAGCACGGCUUAAGGAACUAGGUUCAUUCUAUGGAGCUUUACCUGCUCAUGAUGGCCUGUGGGAUUCAGCCAUUGCUACUUCUAAGGAUCUGUUGGCUCGUUUGGCUAUUGAACACUGUGUUCAUGAGGCCAGAGGACUUGAUGUGAUUCCAACAACAAUAUCCCGUUUCCGCAAUGGUGGUGAUAGUGAAACAGCUGAGUUACUGGAGAAUGUGGUGUAUCCAGAAGAAAUAACUCACUGCGCUGCGGGUGUCAAAUGGUUCAAGUAUCUUUGCUUAAGAUCAACAAAUCCAAAUGUGAGUGAUAUUCCUUCAGAAGAAACUAGUAAUGUAGACAAUGAAGUGAUUCAAAAGUUCCAUUCCACUGUGAGGACAUAUUUCAGAGGGCCAUUGAAACCUCCUUUUAAUGAGCAAGCAAGAAAAGCUGCUGGAUUUGGUCCACAAUGGUAUGAGCCUCUUGCUGUUAAAGAUUUCACAGUACUAUGAAGGUCUCUCCUUGAUGGUAGAACGUUGUAGCAGAUACCCUGCGGAAUUAGUCGAGGUAUGCAAAAGUUGGCCCAAACAUUACGGUUUAUUCCAAAAACCAAAGCUCCUCCUCUGGUUUCUGUAAAACUAUAUUUCAAAAUUUUCAGGAUAUUAAGCAUAAAUGUUACACUAGAUUAUUGAGGGGAUUCUUCAAAAUAGAUCAACAACUAUUUGUAUCCUUCUCAA